AUGUUACAUACCGGAGAUGUAAGUCUUGGACAACCAUCCUCAAAACGUAUAAAGGAAGUCCGGCUGAAGAUGCUCAGAAACUCGGAUUCGUACGAAUUAUUUGCUCAAGCAUCUACCAUCACACCUCCAUCCAUAACCAUGUCAGACGAGUACGAAUCCACCUCCCAUUGCGCGUCUUGCGACGAGUACCUCUACGACGACGGAGAACGGUCAUUACUUUGCGUGUGCUCUACUUCGAAACCGCUGGCCACUACUACUGCGUCCCGCGAUAAAAUUUUCGAUUCUGCCGGUGGUCUUCAGGUUCACAUCGAUUACGCAGCGGUCCAUCCCAAUGACAGCGACGAAGGCGAAGAUGAGGAUGAGAAUGAUUAUAAAGAACGCGAAGAUGGUUGA